UGUCUUAGUUUACUUUGGAUUUUAUCAAGAUACUGACACUGAUGUUACUGGUUUUCAGAAAGAGGAUUUUGACCUGGAUUUUGGACCAAAUUACCACCCAAUGUUUGAGAUCCGCCUCCCUACAAAUACAGGAAAAGUGACUAUAACAGUACGAGACCAAACAAAUACUGAUGUCUGGAGACAUGAAGUUGAUCUGACUGGUCCAGGAAGGGAAACUGUACAGAGGAGCAUCCCAGCAGAGGACAACCUCCCAGCAGAGGACAACCUCCCAGCAGAGGACAGGCUGCUCUUAGCUCGGUCACAGUUCAUUAGCAGAGUAUCUGAACCUGUUCUAGAUUGUCUUCUGGAUAAACUUCUAGAGCAGGGUGUUGUAAAUGAUGAUGAAAUGCAGUCAGCGAGAGCAAAAACUGGAGCAAACAAAGCACGAGAUGUGAUCGACACUGUGCGAAGGAAAGGAACUGAAGCCAGCUCAGUUCUGAUCAGUGCUCUCUGUGAGGUGGAUCCAUACCUGUCCAGAGUGCUCACAUUAAGAUGAAGCACUGCAGAGUGUGAGGAGGAUUCUCUGUUUUACAGAAUCAUAUUACUUAUUGUAAUCUUUAAAUGAGAAGUUUUGUUGUUGAAGUCUGUGUUUUCAAUAAGUAGAUUGUGAGGGAUUCAUUCAAGUUUGGAAAAAAAAUACACAGCUUUUGGCAUCCCACGUUAA